AUGAAUCCAAUGUGGAAAGUUUACAAGAGCAAAGUGCUGAAGACUCUUAACCCCGAGUAUGAGGAGGACACUGCUGAAGAGGUACAGAAUGUCACAGAGGUAGAGAAUGAUAUAAGCCCCGUGCAGGAGGAUGAGGGACCCAACGCUGUAUCCCAGCUGGCCAAGAAAAUGCAGGGGGCCGGGUCUAAAAGCUGGAACAGGCUAUCGACUCUCUUCAACAAAGAGGAUGAACAUCAGCUUCUAGAGGAGACUGAGAGCCCGCCAGUCCCCGACCAUCCACUUGCAGUAAAGCCAGAGGAGCCUCCUCGACCCACUAAGCGCACAGCAUUCUGGGAUAGCUUUGCGUCCAACUGGGCUGCCAAGAAGCAGGCGGAAGCUGCAGCCGCUGCUGCUGCGGCGAACGAGGCAGCGGCAGGUCAGGGUGAGGAGGGGGUGACAGAGGCCGUAGGGGAGGAGAGCCAGGAGGUGCAGAUCCCUCAGGGAGAGGAGAGAGGGAGCGAGGACACAUCCUUCAAGUGGAACUUUGUCACCAGCAAGCUGGCAGAGCUGAAGACCAAGAGCAACUAG